AUGGCGCCUUACAAGAGCCUCGCAGUCAACGCGAGCGACGCGGAGCUGGGAGGAGCGUAUCCAGAGAAGACCCGUUCGGCUGGGCAGCGGGGGAUGUUGAGGAGGAUGGGCGCAGAGCGGUGGAGGGCCAUGGCCAUGCCUGUACUCGGAUCUCUGCUCGUGCUCGUCCUGCUCUGGCAAUGGACCCAUCCAGCAGACGCGACAGUCAGGAGGGACUCAUUUGGACCGCCGUCGGUGUUGAGGGUCGUGCGGGAGGCUGGAGUCGUGCCGAACGCCUCGACGCUCCUCACGUCCGAAGCGCCCGCAAGAUCGUACUUCGACGCUCUGCGACCCGACUUGCGCUAUCUCACCCUGGACUCGUGGAGCGGCUGGAGUGGGCAGGUCUUGACGGCGUUCAGCCUGCUUUAUCUCGCGCAUCUCACGCAGCGAGUCGCCAUCAUCCCCAGCUUCCGCGACAACGACCACUACGGCGAUUCGAUGAUCACGCUCGACCUCCUCCUCGACAUGGACAAGUUCCGACAAGAGCGCGGUGCCCUCUUCGUCAAUUGGGACGACGUCAAGCCUCUCGACCGUGUACAUGCUAUCACUAAGCGGGACGAGAUCGGCUGCUACAUGGGAAACAACCCCUUCGAGGGAGGCCGCUCUUUCGACGAGCACAAUCUCGAACAAACGAUCUGGCGCGUCCCUCGCGCGAACGGCUGGUUCGGGAACGCCGUCGAGUCCUUCGUCCUCUGGGACUUUGACGCGGAGAAGCGGAUCAACGACACGCGCGUCUUUGGACAGAAGGAAAAGCGCAAGGUGCCUGCCAAUAUGCUCGACUCGCAGUUGCUUUGCUACAGCAAUCUGUGGGACUUGUCUCAUGCUGGAGCGAUGGCGACUGGUUGGUCGUGGUCGAACUCGUUCAAGGGUCAUCAGGAGUUGGACGGCGAGCAAGAGAUGAUGCUCGCUCCUGAAGCGCGAGGCACUCAUCCUGAAUGGUGGGCGAUUGGGCAGUACAUCGAUUUCAAGGAAGAAGUCUGGGAGAUCGCCAAGUCCUGCGUCCGAAGAACGCUCGACCUCGCCUACAUCCCGCAACACCUCAUCACCGUCCACCUGCGCCGAGGCGACUUCAAGACUUGGUGUUCUUCGGGCGAGAACUGCACGCCUGCGAUUGACGGAUACGUCGAGCUUGUCGACCCGCUCUUGGCGGAGUCGCCUUCCGACACGCGCGUCCUCGUCACGACCGACGAGCAAGACGACGGCGACUUCCUCGGCAGCAUCGACUCACUCGGCUGGUACCGCAUCGACCACCGCGCGCUGAACACGACCGCCGUCCUCGAGGAGAAAUACGGCGACGCUUGGCGCUGGGCAGACGCAGCCGUCGAUCAGGCCAUCCUCUCUUUGGGCAUGCACUUUGUCGGCACGUCCGGAAGCCAGGUCAGCUUGUUGUCCGAGUUGCGGGUCGCGGCCUGGAACGGCGGCAAGACGAGGCUCGUUGAACGCCCGCAGUGA